UGUGGCCACCAUGUGAUGACGAUGGCGCUCCGUUGGACGAGUACCCGUCUGGCCGACCUGACGGCUGUCCAGGCUUACAAGAUCCUGCAGCUCCGAUGUGAGGUGUUCAUCGUGGAACAGAACAGCGUCGUGCUGGAGGUCGAUGGACGCGACCUCCUCGAUUCCUGUGUCCAUGUCAUGGGUUGGGACGACGACGACAACCUGAUGGCAUAUGCGCGGGUCCUGGGGCCGGGCACCAUCGAAGAAAGCCAAAAAGUUCCAGUAAUUGGCCGCGUCGUGACGCAUUCAAAAGCCCGAGGUAACGGCGUGGGCAAGGCACUUAUGCUGGAAGCCAUGCGUGCUAGCGAAACCAACUGGCCCGGCCUUGGGUGCCAACUCGGAGCUCAAGCGUACUUGGAGUCGUUCUACGCAAAGCUAGGGUUUAAACGGAUGGCGGACGUAGAGCCGUACGAGCACCACGGCAUCCCCCAUGUCGAAAUGCGACGACUACCAACCAAGUAACGAAAGCGACGCCAUCGACCUCAGUUGCUUCAUUUGUCUUGCCUCAAAAUGCACGCGACUUGGGCCAAAAGGCCAUACGAACCAGGCGCUGCAAAGUCCUUUGCAAGCCUCGUGUCGAAAAGUUUUGUUCGCAUUGUAGGAGCGCGGUAGACGGCAAGAUUGCGGAUGGAUGUCACUGCAGCUUCGUCCAUUUUGAACAGUUCCCUCCAACCGCUGCAUGCAGAGCUACGCGAGCAAGCGUCACGAUGAUGCAUCUGUGGCGCGUUCAUCGACGUGGAUGUGGAGCCCAUCGAAGGCCAGCUCGACGUCGAUGCCACACGCCGCGCGUCGCUGCACCAACUGCGCCUGGUGCAUGGAAUAAUCAAUGGAAUGCCCCAUGCCCACGAGGUACGCCUUGCGUGGUUGGAUCCUUUCAAGACACUGGAGAG